UCGCCUCAUUGGUCUGAGGCUGAGAUCAUCGCGAGCUUACAGCAGAAGGCUACCACCCAACGACGACGAUGGCACCGAUCGCAGCUUCGCUCCUGCGCCAAGGCGGCGGCGCUGCUGUGCGUCGUCUGCAUGGCGCCUCUUGUCGCUUCACCAGCCCCACGGCUGCCUCUGUCGCUGCCGCGCGCCGGACCCUGGCUACCGAAGCAGGCCCAUCGGCGCAGGACAAUCGUCCCCAGGCAAAGGCGGCGACAAUCACGCCCGCCACGACGGCCCACACCGUCGAGGAGCUUCACGGCCGUACGGCAGAAGAGAUCCUGCGUGAGGGAGGCACGAGGAAGGAGGCAAGUAUGCGCCACUUCACAGUCAACUUUGGUCCUCAGCACCCAGCCGCGCAUGGCGUGCUCCGACUUAUCCUCGAACUCAACGGAGAGGAAAUCCUGCGAACCGACCCGCAUGUUGGUCUGCUACACCGAGGAACAGAGAAGCUCAUCGAGUACAAGACCUACACCCAGGCCCUGCCCUACUUUGACCGCCUUGACUACGUUUCCAUGAUGACAAACGAGCUCUGCUAUGCGCGCGCCGUCGAGAAGCUCCUCAACAUUGAGGUGCCCGAGCGCGCAAAGUGGAUCAGGACGCUGUUUGGCGAGAUUACUCGUAUCCUCAACCACUGCAUGGCCGUGCUUUCGCACGUCAUGGACGUUGGAGGUCUCACGCCGUUCUUGUGGGCAUUCGAGGAGCGCGAGAAGCUCAUGGAGUUCUACGAGCGUGUCUCGGGCGCUCGUCUUCACGCUGCCUACGUGCGACCCGGUGGUGUGGCCUUUGACCUCCCUCACGGACUCUUGGACGACAUUCACAAGUGGGCCACCCAAUUCUCUUCGCGCGUCGACGAAAUCGAAGAAGUCGUUACCGGGAACCGUAUCUGGAAGGGACGUACCAUUGGCAUCGGGACAGUGACGGCGCAGCAGGCCCUCGACUUUGGCUUCUCUGGCGUCAUGCUCCGAGGUAGUGGUAUCCCAUGGGACAUUCGCAAGGUUGCGCCUUACGACGCCUACGACCAGGUCGACUUCGACGUCCCCGUGGGCAAGAACGGCGACUGCUACGACCGAUACCUGUGCCGAAUCGAAGAGUUCAGGCAGAGCCUGAGGAUCAUCGAGCAGUGCCUCAACAAGAUGCCUGCUGGCCAGUACAAGGUUGACGACCACAAGCUCACGCCGCCACCACGAGCUAGCAUGAAAGAGUCGAUGGAGUCGCUUAUUCACCACUUCAAGCUCUUCUCGGAGGGAUACAGCGUCCCGCCGGGAGAAACUUACAGCGCCAUCGAGGCUCCCAAAGGAGAGAUGGGCGUCUACCUCGUCAGUGACGGAUCCAACAGGCCUUACCGAUGCAAGAUUCGCGCUCCUGGCUUUGCCCACCUUGCCCAGGCCGACACUCUGGCCCGACACCACUACCUGCCAGACAUGGUGGCCAUCAUUGGAAGUGAGUAGGACUUGGCCGCUCUUGAACGAUGCUCUUUGCUCAACCGUUCGCUCUCUCCCCACAGCC